AUGAAUUUGACAGCUGAUUAUUAUCCAGUAACUAAUUUCGGCAAUCAAACUUACACACCAUGGAAUGGAGGAGGAGGAGGAGUAAGACGAAGAAGAAGAAGCAGUAAUCAUGCUUAUUGGUAUCAUCCAUUCAAUGAAUAUUCAUUGAAUAAUCAUCCAUCAUCGUCAUCAUCAUCAUCAUCAUCGUUGUUAUCAACUACAUCAACUGGUGUUUAUUUACCCUUUCAUGUUUACUUUGAUACACAGACUAAUACAAAUAAUUAUGAUAUGAAUGAAUUACAUUAUCAUGAUGUAUACAAUGGUAGUGAGUCAUCAAUGCAUUCCAUUGAUGACACAUCAUUACUAUUGCAUUCAUACUAUACUACUGAUAAUACUAGUAAUCAUAAUAGUAAUAAUGAAUCUAUUUGUAUGGAAUAUGGAAUGGAUUGUAAUUUAUUAUUACCGACUACUAUUACAAAUCAUCAUUUAUUGCCCAUCUCUUUAUCAUUAUCAUCUACACCUGUCUCAUUGUCAUCAUCGGCAUCAUCAUCAUCAUCAUCGUCAACUUCUUCAGAAGUUGAUGAUACUGUAAACAGUGUACCGAAUAGUUCAUCAAUUAUUAUCACUGGUAAUACAGUUAAUGAUUCUAUAUCUUCUGCAUCAUUACUAUCUACAUGUUGGUCUGAUAAUUCAACUAUUAGAGAAGUGAAUAGUUUGUCAAAUCAACAAAAUCACUUAUUUAGUGACUUUUUAUUUUUUAGUAAUAAUAAUAAUAAUACUAAUAAUAUCAGUAACACUGGUAAUGAUGACAUCACUAUACAAAAUAACAAAAAAUCUUUGUCGAAUUUUUCUUUUCAGUUUAAAUUAGACAAUGAACAUGAAAAUGAAUUAUUAACUGUGACAGAUGAUAAUAGAUUAUUUCAAAAAUCAAAUAAUUGUCAAUUUGAAUAUCAACAAUAUGAUUGUUUGACUAGACAUGAAACUAAUAAUAAUAACAAUGACAGUAUACAUUAUCAGUCAUCAUUAUGUUCUGAAAUAUUAAAACCGCCUUUAUCCAUUUCAACAACUACAUGUGUAUUGCCUGUGAAAGUCUCAUGUUCCACAGAAUCCAAUAAGUUGAUUGAACAACCGAAUUAUGCGUAUGGUUUCAAUGGUACACAGAAAAUACCGGAUAAAUUCGAUAUUAUCGAUGAUAAGUAUCGUCUGUCUUCUACAAUGAAGUUGACCAAUCUUAUUGAUCAGUGUAACAAUGAUGAAAGUGAAUUAAUACAAGGAAAUGAUGGUGUAAUUAAUAAAAAUCACUUGAACAAUGAAUCGGUACUGUGUAAUCCUAAUACUGUAAAAACAGAACUAUCUAAUUGUCAACUAUACUCACCUUCCUUGAUGACAUCAACAAGUUAUUUAAAUUCACAAACAAAAUUUUCAUCAGAUUCCACUGCAUUAUCAUUAAAAUCAUUUGAAAAAAGUUUAGUGGAUAUGACAAAAGAAGACAAUGACAAAAUCACUUUGAAACAAUUAUGUUUUGAAUAUACUACUAAAGAAAGUCUAUUACAAACAGACAUUCAUAAACAACCAGUACGACGACGACAAACUUAUCCUGAUUUAUUAUCAGGCUCAUCAUCAAGCACUUUAUCAUCAAGAGAAAUGAUAAAUCACUUAAACUGUUACAAUCAAAAUUGUAAUUCAUACAUUGAUAGAGGCAUUAAUGGUCAAUUCUUACUUCAUCCACAAGAUUUAUGCAAUAGUACAAAGAUGCAUAAAUUAGACUACAAUAAAUCAUCUACUUCUGAAUUAACACUCCCAAGGUCAACGACAAUGACAACGGAAACAACAUCAACUACUACGACAAGUAUAAAAUCGAUGCAACCGUAUAAAUGGUUACAGAUAAAACGACAACAACCACGUCAAAAUAUAAUCAAUAACAGUAAGUUAAUGGUUGCUGUUAUUUACAAUAAGUUACAGCUGAUUUGA